UAGGAGGGUGUUUGAGGUAUUAUUUUGAUUGAUCUAGGCUAUGUUGCCAUGGUGAGCCAGAGCACUGUAUUCUCACUCUCACCCCCCCGUCUUAGUACCUGAUGAUCUGAGUCCCGAGGAGAAGACAGGAGUUGGAGAGCAUCCGCCGUAGGAAACAAGAACUACUGCAGGACAUACAGAGGCUGAAGGAUGAGAUAGCAGAGGUGACAAAUGAAAUUGACAACCUAGGCAUUACCGACGAGAGGAAAAGCAUGCAGAGAAACAAGCAGGUGUCCAUGGGGUGCAAGAAGUUCAACAUGGACCCAGAGAAGGGGAUCCGGUUUUUGAUUGACAGCGGUCUGCUGAAGAACACCAGCAAUGACAUUGCCCAGUUCCUCUAUAAAGGGGAGGGGCUAAACAAGACCGCCAUCGGAGACUAUCUAGGGGAGAGAGAGGAUUUCAAUCUUGAGGUUCUACAAGCCUUUGUGGAGCUGCAUGAGUUUACUGACCUUAACCUGGUCCAGGCCCUCAGGCAGUUCCUGUGGAGUUUCCGGUUGCCAGGUGAAGCCCAGAAGAUCGAUCGCAUGAUGGAGGCGUUUGCCCAGAGAUACUGUCACUGUAACCCUGGCGUCUUCCAGCACAGCGAUACGUGUUAUGUGUUGUCGUUUGCUGUGAUCAUGCUGAACACCAGUCUCCAUAACCCCAAUGUGAAGGACAAACCCUCCCACCAGAGAUUCAGCGCCAUGAACAGAGGAAUCAACGAUGGCGGAGACUUACCAGAGGACCUACUCAGGAACCUGUAUGAGAGUAUAAAGAACGAACCCUUUAAGAUCCCAGAGGAUGAUGGGAACGACCUCACACACACUUUCUUCAACCCCGACCGGGAGGGCUGGCUACUCAAACUAGGAGGGCGUGUGAAGACGUGGAAGAGACGAUGGUUCAUCCUCACAGACAACUGCCUGUACUACUUUGAGUACACUACUGAUAAGGAGCCUAGGGGUAUCAUCCCUCUGGAGAAUCUUAGUAUUAGAGAGGUGGACGACUCUAAGAAACCAAACUGUUUUGAGCUGUUCAUCCCGGACCACAGGGAUCAGGUGAUAAAGGCGUGUAAGACCGAGGUGGACGGACGCGUUGUCGAGGGCAACCACACCUUCUAUCGAAUCUCCGCCCCCACAGCCGAGGAGAAGGAAGAAUGGGUCACCAGCAUCAAAAAAGCCAUCAGCAGGGACCCCUUCUAUGAGAUGGUGGCAGCCCGGAAGAAGAAGGUGUYGGCUCUGACUAGCCUGUAGGAAAGACCCAGGCUCCAGCACUUCAGCAGGAGAAGCAGGCCUCACUCUACUCUAUAGCUCAGUGUCUAUGGACCUGAACUAAAGGACCUAUGGAAUUAUGUACAUAAGAAAGCAGAAUAUCCCCACAAUCUGAAAGGUGGAAGUUGUCAUCAUAUUGAUUACAUGUUGCUUUCUUCAUAUUCACAAACACUGGAGGGAAGGAUUUUGAAGGGGCACGGGUUUAGGAUGGAGAUCAGGAUGCCGAGAGGAUUGGACCUCCUUCAGCGCCCUCUACAGGAAGUUACAUCAUGCAAUAUUUUGCUUUGAUAUAAAAUGAACAGAGAAAGGUGCCAUUUAACCUCUUUUUACAUAAACCUCUUCUCAUAGUGCUGUCAUUACUACAGAGCAUCAUCUCUUUCUGAAUGGUUCCCAUAACAAACCACCACUGUUUCCUCUCUCGCUCUCUCUCUUUCUCCCCUUACGGGUCGAGAUGAUACUUUGUUGUUUUGUUAAAUGUUUCCAGGUCAUUGGCCUGUGUCAGUGAUCCGGGGGUGAGAUAUGGGAGCUGAGUCGGCACAAUAGUUUWAAAAAAUACUGUCUCGGCCAAAAGCCUUGUUAUGCCAUCACUGUGUUAGUUCUACUCUUAAUUUAGUUUCUUGUUUUGAUACCUCUGUUACUACAACUGCACAGUCACGUGGAAGAGGUGUUAAGGAGGGAGGGGAGAAAGAAAUAAAGGGGAGAGGGAAACAAAGGAUCGUAAUAUCACUACUCAGGUUGAAAUAUUCCGUCUCUUAUUCUGAUAUUGUUACAAGUACUUUUGCAGAAGCAGCAGUAAGUUUGCAGGGGAUAAUUUUUUAAAGACCUUUUACAGUGUUAUUAUACAGUUGUAUGAUGUCUGUUACAAAUGUGUUGUCUUAUAAUAUGCAUUUCUGUCAUCACUGACCCCUUUGGAGGGCUGUGUUUUUCAUUGGCAGAUAAAUUAAUCAGCAAUUUUUGUUCACAAUGCACUGUUUAUGAAAUGUAAAUCAAGCUUGAAUUAUUUGUUUAUUUAUCAAUAAAACAUAAUUACUUGU